ACCGGAAGACGCUCCCCGCCAUUUCAACUUCCGCCAUCAUCAUCAGCAGCAUCAAGCAGCGAGCGCGCGAGCUUACAGCAGCGAUGAAGUGGCAAUACAAAGAGGAGCACCCGUUCGAGAAGAGGCGGUCUGAGGGGGAGAAGAUCCGCAAGAAGUACCCGGACCGCGUCCCGGUGAUAGUGGAGAAGGCCCCGAAGGCCCGGAUAGGGGACCUGGAUAAGAAGAAAUAUCUGGUGCCCUCCGACCUCACGGUGGGACAGUUCUAUUUUCUCAUUCGCAAGAGGAUCCAUCUUCGCGCUGAAGAUGCCCUUUUCUUCUUUGUGAACAACGUCAUCCCGCCCACCAGUGCCACCAUGGGGCAGCUGUACCAGGAGCAUCACGAGGAGGAUUUUUUCCUCUACAUCGCCUACAGCGACGAGAGCGUCUACGGAGCCUGACACACUCGCUGACACACUCACUGACACACUCACACACCCACCCACUCACUGACACACUCACUCAAUCACCCGCUCACUCACUCACUGACAUGCUCACUCACUCACUGACACACUCACUCACUGACACACUCACUCACUCACCCACUCACCCACCCACUCACUCACUGGCACGCUCACUCACUCACUGACAUGCUCACACACUCACUGACACACUCACACACUGACACACUCACUCA